AUGGCCUCUUCGCUCGCCUCGGAGGAACAACAAGGGUCUUCUCCCAGUAAGACUCCCGUGGAGUCCGAUCUCUCGACCCCUGAGAAUCUGCGCCAAUUCACCCGAUCGCCGCACCCGUACCAUCGUCGGGGUGCCCGCGCUCCCGACCCGCGGCUGACGGAGAAUGGCCACCGCACCACCACACCACCCCAUCUGCAGUGGCCCCGGACGUCUAGCGACAGUGGCACCGAGGCGGAUGAUGAAAGCACUGGCAUCCUGAAAGGCCUCCCCGCCCCUCCACUUCGGCCCAGAAAAGGUCUGCGCUCUGCUUGGAACGGUGUCGCGGACGUGAACGAUCCGUGGUUGCCCGCGUUACACCCGUGGCCGUCUUUCGCGCGAUCUGCUUCCCGGGGCUCGCGACGGAGCUCGGGAGGGGAGCUGGAUGAUGCGGAGACACUGGGUCGGAAACGGCGCGUUGAGAUCUUGCGCAGGCUCAUGGAGACGGCGUUGUUGCUCUCCGUGGGUGUGGUCGUCUUAUGUCGGGAGCACGUGAGGCCGCUUGCCUGGGAGUGGAAAAAAGAGCUCCUUUGUUAUGCGCUGGUGGUGCUCGGAGUCUACAUAUCCUAUCCGUUCAUUCGAAACGGCCGUCUACGACUCUCCGGGUUAUCAACCUUCAUUGUGCCCUCGAGUUUCGACCCUGCUCCUCUCCUAUACCCUAUUUUGAUUCCCGUCUACGUUUCCCUGUCUCUCUCCCACCAUGAACCCUCCUUGGUGCUCCCGAAUAUCAUCCUCGGCCUGUCCUCCUUGCCAGCUCCCGUCAUUCCAUUGCAUGAAUGGAUUCACGGCCAGAGUAUUGUGCACUGGAUCGUGACUACAAUUCCGAUGAUAGUCUCCGAGCACUUUACGACAGACCAUACAAUACCCGAACCGCUGUCCCUACGCGGUCUCAAUCCUGAGAUUCUGACUCUUGUUUUCCCGUUACAUCAAGCAUUGAUACCCACUUUAGAUUUCUUGUUGGCAACCAGUGUUCUUCCCGCGGAGCUGCAACUUCUGACCAGCGCUCUGAUUAAUUUGUUCCUCUUUGCAUCCUCGCCGCAGGCCGAAAUCCUCAAAGCCCUGCUCUGGCUAGGCGGUAUGUGCGUUUUUAUCUCUUGUCGGCAUGUUCUUCGUUGGGAGGUCGCGUUAGCCCGCAUUCCCACCUGGAAGUUCCGCCGCUCUCCCAGCAGCUCGCAAUCGCGGAAGAGUCUUCUGAACGUGCUGGAUCAUAAACUCUGUCAAAAGCUGAGUCGCGCGGGCUCCUCCGACGAACCGAUGUCGGACAGCGAUUCUAUGGAGGGUAGUCUGGCCCCGAUCUCUCGUACCAGAACACAUGAACCAAGAGGAAAGCCUCCGGCCGGAGAGCCAGUUCACACCGCCGAUGCUCCCACAGAGAAUGCACAACGAUCCGUGCACCGUCGGCGGCACACUAUCUCAAGUCUCGACGAUGUCCGCACGGAACGCGUGCGAACGACGCCAAGUGGCCGACGGAAGCGUUCAAUGGCUCCGGGAUUAGCUUCUUUCCUAUCGCUGACCGUGCCGCAGGCCCAGGUACGCAAGUGGCUCUAUGCUUUAUACGUAUAUGGCGCUGUACUGGUGAUUAUCCUGGGCCCUGUUCGAACAUACGUGGGCCAGCGUGCUUUGCAUGGACAGGAGCCGUUUGGAUGGGCCUUGGGCUACUUGUUCGGAAACAUCUCCUGGUUCAGGUUCUGGACCGUCAUGUGGAAUCUGGAGCGCUGGAUCUCCCUUCCGGCGCGCUGGGAUAGCGAAUGGUCGCACCCGUCUUGUGCUCUGGGCUGGGUGGAACACCUCCGGCAGACGGCCUUUGGGGAGGCCAACACUCGCCUUUUGAUCGCGGGAUACUGUGUCGUCGUUAUUGUGACCGGCUUGGCCGUGGUGUUCCAAUUGAGCUCAAUCACAGAGGUCGACACGAGGCGGAAGGUUUUCCACGGCAUGAUGGUGUUGAUGUUCCUUCCAACCGUCUACAUCGAUCCCGCGUUUUGUGCCCUCGCGCUGGGGCUGGUCCUUGCUGUUUUCCUGCUCCUGGAUCUGUUUCGAGCGUCGCAGAUGCCGCCAAUCUCGCGACCGCUGACAUACUUCCUCGCACCGUACGUGGAUGGGCGCGACCACCGUGGACCAGUCAUCGUCUCCCACAUUUUCCUCCUGAUUGGAUGCUCCAUCCCCCUGUGGCUCUCCUUGGCGGACAUUGCUCGAACCGGCGAGCAUCCGUGGGAGGCUUGGAACCUACACUACCGAGACGUUAGUAUGGUCAGUGGGAUCAUCUGCGUCGGCAUGGGCGAUGCAGCGGCCUCCCUUGUUGGUCGUCGCUUCGGUCGGCUCAAAUGGUUCUGGGGUGGCGGCAAGUCUCUGGAAGGCAGCGUGGCCUUUGCAGCCGCCGUAACAGGAGGUUUGAUUGCUGCGCGAGCAUGGCUGGCGGUGGGACAGUGGCCGGUCGAGGCCGAGGGUGGAUCCGGGCAGAUCGCCUGGGCUGGAACGGUGUGUAAGGCGGUGCUCGCGGCAGCCGGAACGAGCGCCACCGAAGCGAUUUUGACGGGAUGCAACGACAAUGUUGUUGUACCGGUUGUGCUUUGGUUGCUGGUCAGAGGACUGGGACUAUGA